AUGAAAAUACAUUCAAUUUCUGACUUCUUUCGCCCGCCCAGCCAGAUUACGGUGGUGACUCAACCAAGAGCUGGACUAGUAACAUCGGGUAGCACUAUUUCUAAUACUAUGGAUGCUGAUGUUACAAACAGCACCACUUCGGGUGGAAGGAAGAGAAAGGUGAGCAGGGCUUGCAUCUUCUGCAGACGAUCGCAUAUGAUAUGUGAUGAGCAAAAACCAUGUAAACGUUGUAUUAAAAGAAACAUUGCACAUCUAUGUUGCGAUCAGAAUAUUGCGUCUUCAAACAGUGUGUCAUCACAAGGAUCAUCCGCACCCGAUAUUUCUAAACAAGAACAGCAAAUCCCCCCUAUGCAGGAUAACUUAGCCUCGGGAUUACAAGAACCUUGGUCAACUACAAACAAUAAAAUAUCAAAAAUCGUACCCCAAAAUUUGACGUUUGUUAGUGAGCAUGUAGGCUCAGAGUUCUCUUCUCUUAAUGGGUUUCUUACGAUGUUGGAGGAUCCGAUGUUGAUGGAACAAACCCCUCCACCUCCCAACCCUACAGAUGUAAAUUUGAAUGGCAACGAUACACAGCCGAAAGCUCCUCUACCCUCGUUUUCCAUAUCAUCUGCCAGUUCACAGGCGGAUUUGGGCAUGCGUAUGGAUCGUCAACAGGGUGCUCAAUUUAAUCACUGGCAGCAACCAACGGCUAAGGAAAACUUCUUUCUCACUGCGGCCGAUCCAUCCACAGAUGUUGAACCAGAGGACAGGUUAAAACUUGUUAUUAAUGCGAAACUUGAAGCUGGUCUUUUAAAACCUUAUAACUACUCUAUGGGAUAUGCUAGACUGCAAAACUACAUGGAUAAAUAUAUGAAUCAAUCCUCAAGACAACGUAUACUGAAACCGCUGUCUACCAUACGACCAGCGUUCCGUGCAAUAGCAAGAUCGCUAAAAGACGUUGAUCUUGUACUAGUAGAGGAAAGCUUUGAAAGAAUGCUUCUCUCUUACGACAGAGUUUUCACUUCAAUGUCUAUGCCUGCGUGUUUAUGGCGUAGAACUGGUGAGAUCUACAGAGGAAAUAAAGAAUUCGCCUCGCUCGUUGACUGUACCGUGGAUGAUCUCCGUGAUGGAAGGAUGGCAAUCUACGAACUAAUGACAGAGGAGAGCGCAGUAAACUUAUGGGAGAAAUAUGGUGCGAUCGCUUUUGAUAAGGGCCAGAAGGCAGUCCUUACCAGUUGCAAGCUAAGAACUAAAGAUGGAAGGAAGCGCAGAGCUUGUUGUUUCAGUUUCACAAUAAGAAGGGACCGCUAUAAUAUCCCUAUCUGUAUUGUAGGCAACUUCAUUCCGAUCUCUUAA